GGAUCAGAUCUUCGAUGGGAGUAUAUAAGCCCCGCUAUCGUUUAACUUCGCAGACACAAAUCGCGCACAGCAGCUCCAGUUAAGUCACAAUGGCCAGAUAUCAGAGUAGCCUUAGCCUCGGGAUCCUUGUGGUCCUGCUGAUCGAUCAGCUGGCCAACGCCCAGUUCGUUCCGGGCCCCAUCUCUGGACCAAUUCCCCGCCAGCAGAGAUCGCUCUUUGGGCCCGGUCCGCCGCCCGGUUGGAGUAGCGGUGGCCUCAGUCACGGCUGGAACAGUCCCAGCUUCGAGUUCAGCCCGCUGCCGCCAUCGCACAGUCCGCAUGUGACCAAGGACGAGCUGCUGGCCCUGCUGGCCGCCUGGAAGGAUGUGGCCAAGCCGACGACUCCGGCGCCGGAGCCAGAGCCCGAGGAGCCCGAACCCGAGCCGGAGACCACAACGCCAGCGCCGCCAGAGGAUGAGGACGAACCGGAGUCCGAGGCACCGGCACCGGCACCAGAGGCGCCAGCGGGUCCACCACCCGGCGUUCCCGUCACCGUCUCCCUGCCCGCCCUGGUGCCCAUUCAGCUAGCGGCCAUGUGGCAACAGCCGGCGCUCGGAGCAGCGCCCGGCGGCCUGGGUCCUCUGAAUCUGGGCGGCCUGGGUCUGGGCGGUGGCAUUGCCUUGAACACACUCGGCGGCGGUGCAGUAGCAGCCGGCGGAGCUGUAGCAGCCGGAGGAGGCGGUGGAGCGGCGGCCGCCGGAGCAGCAGCAGCGGCACGUUCCGGAGUGGCACGCCCCCGAGCCCGCGCCAGGAUCGGAGGACGUGCGUCCAAUGUCCAGCAGCCCGCCAUACGCUUCCCGGUGGCCAAUCCGCGCAGCUUCACCUCCAACAACUAUGUGGCGCCCAGGCCGCGUUACUAUCGCGAUACGGAGCCCAUGCGCGUCAACGUAAUGGCACCGCCUCACUACCAAAUGGCCAGUGUCCAGGGUCCCGUCCAGCUGGUGCCCGCCUACUGGCAAUAGGCCAAGUCUUACAAGUCGAACUGCCAC